GCUCGACGGACGACACACCACCGGCGUCUCGAUUGUCAGGAGUAUCACGCAAGCCAUAUCAUCAACUUCGGUGGCGAUAGCCCUAGGCGGUUCGAUCCAGCUGCGCGGGUAGACGGAUCUGGCUGAUGGCUAAGUCUAGCUGAACAAACAAUAUAAAAUGUCAAAGAAAUAUCUCCCGACCACCGAUUAUCGCACGAUCCGUCCCUCAGAUCGAAUCACCCCUAUCGCUCGCUCGCAAUCAUGUCAAUCGAACCACUAUCUAAGGAGAAAGAGGGCUUUACGCCAGGCUCCGUAGCUACCGCCUAUGUGCUCGAGGCCGCUCCGACAGAAUGCGGAGACCCGACCAGCCCGGUCGAGAUCGACUCGAACGCGAGCGCCAUUGAAAAAUCCCUCGUCCGCAAGCUAGACCUACGGAUCUUGCCGAUGGCUGGAUUCGCCUACUUUCUCCUCUUUCUCGACCGAAGCAACAUUGGCAACGCCAGGGUCGCUGGUCUCGAGAAAGACCUCGGCCUGACUGGAUACGACUUCAACAUCGGAGCGUGUCUCUUUUAUGUCAUGUACAUGGUAGCCGAAGUUCCCUUCUCUUUGGUGAUCAAGAGAUUCGGCUUCAUCUUUGUUCCAAUCAUGAUCACUUUCUUCGGGACCAUCACGCUCGUCACCGCGUGGCUGAACAAUCGAGCGAGCUUCUUUGCUAUUCGUUGUCUAUUGGGACUCGGAGAGGCCGCGACUAUGCCAGGUUUGGCUUACCUCUUGUCUCGCUACUACCGUCGGACCGAAUUGACGGCGAGGAUCGGUUUCUUCAUGCUGAGCGCCGCCGGAUUGGCCCAAGCCUUCGGCGGCUUGUUGUCGUCUGGUUUGCUAUCGGUUGGCAACAUCGGUAGCGUCAAGUCUUGGCGUACCAUCUUUCUGGUCGAAGGGUUGAUGACGAUCGGUUUCGGAAUCGUCAUGAUAUGGGUGUUCCCCAGCGACAUCUCUACGACCAAGAUGCUCACUGAACCCGAGCGUGAGAUUGCCUUGAAACGUCUCGCCGCUGAAGGCCCGAGCGGUAGUCGCGUCAAGGAAAGAACGAGUUCGAGGUUGAUUUUCAAGGCGUUCUUCAACGUCAACACGAUGGCUUGCACAUACAUGUACAUCUGUGACAAUAUCACCGUUCAGGGAUUGAGCAUUUUUACGCCCACCAUCCUUCGCCUCAAUUACCCGGGCUCUACCACUGUCAAGAUCCAACUCCUCUCUGCCGCGCCUGCCAUCGUGGCCGCCGUCGUUGCCCUCACAGCAUGCUAUGUAGCGAUGAGGACCAGGUCUCACGGUUACGUCACAAUCUUUGGGGCUUCGCUUUCCGUCAUCGGAUACGGUAUAUGGGCUGGGACCAACUCUAGCGCCAUCAAGGUUCGAUACUUUGCCAUCUUUCUCAAUACCACCUCGGGUUUCAUCUACGGAGUGGGUUUCAGUCGCGCGCGCGCGUGUCAGAACGGCAUUAGGGGCGUGAACUUAUUUCACAACCACCUUUCACAGCCCAUCGUCAUCGGUUGGGCCGCCUCGAACGCUGCUCCAGAUACUGUACGAGCCAUGACGAGCGCCGUGACUACCGGACUCGGUUGUAUCGGUUCGAUCGCCGCGACCUGGUCAUACAUCCCUUCGGACGCCCCUACGGGGUACAAGAUCGGCAACUAUCUCAACUGCUGCACCGGGGCAUCGGUCAUCAUCGUCAGCUUGGCACUGAUGGCUUACCAACGCUACGAAAAUCGGCUCCGGGAUCGAGGUGGACGAGAUUAUCGCUACCAACAGGAGCACCAGGAGGAGUUGGGUUUCCACCAUCCCGAUUUCCGUUACGUACAUUGA